CCACUUGUUCGGAGAUCGAAGAUGGGAUUUUGUAGCGAAAGUUUCAGGUUUGAAGGUGGAGGGAGAAACAUAAGAAUAGGUUUAAACAGAACAGGAAAGAGUUGCAGGUUAAGGUGGGUUAAUUACCUGCAUCCUGGUCUCAAACGUGGUAAGAUGACUCCACAAGAAGAGCGUCUAGUCCUUGAGCUUCACGCCAAAUGGGGAAACAGAUGGUCAAAAAUCGCCCGUAAAUUACCGGGAAGAACGGAUAACGAGAUAAAGAAUUACUGGAGGACUCAUAUGAGGAAGAAGGCUCAAGAGAAGAAGCGACCUAUGUCUCCAACUUCCUCAUCUUCAAACUGCUGCUCAUCAUCUAUGACCACUACUACUACUCAAGACACUGGCGGCUCCAAUGGGAAAAUGAAUCAAGAAUGCGAAGACGGAUAUUACUCGAUGGAUGACAUAUGGAGAGAGAUUGAUCAGUCUGGAGCAAACGUUAUUAAACCGGUAAAAGAUAUCUACUACUCAGAGCAAAGCUGUUACUUGAAUUUCCCUCCUCUGGCUUCUCCAACAUGGGAAAGUUCCUUGGAAUCUAUAUGGAACAUGGAUGCAGAUGAAAGUAAGAUGUCUUCUUUUGCUAUUGAUCAAUUUCCUCUAAGUUUUGAACAUGGUAGAUCAUCGUGGUCGUCUUUAUAAGUCUAGGAUUUUAUUCAUUUGGAAUGUUUAUAUGUGCAGCAUAUAUAUGUUAUCAAACGACUAUAGUAGUUUUCCAUGACUUACAUCAGAAAAAAAGAUAUCCACUGUACUAAUCUCAUAUGUAGUCAUCAUCAUCCUAUGCCUUUGUUUCCUUCAAAUAUGUUAGUUUGUAGAGCGAGUGAAAAGAUGUGUAAUACAAGCCAGAACUCUAU